GGGCGCGGAGCCGGGCAUGGGGUAGCGGCGCUGCCGCUGCGCUCCCCGCCAUGUAGGCAGCCUCCGGGCUCGUCGCUCCCACGCCGCCUGCACCGCCGUCGCACCGGGCCGGGGGUCGCGGGGGAGACCAUGCGGAGCGCCCCGGCCGCCGGGCUCCUGCCGCUGCUGCUGGGGCUGCGGCUGCUGCUGGGCGGCCGUGCCGCAGCACAGUACUCCAGCGACCUGUGCAACUGGAAGGGGAGUGGCCUGACUCAUGAGUCUCACAAGAAGGACGUUGAACAGGUCUACCUCCGCUGUUCCGAAGGGUCGAUCGAGUGGAUGUAUCCCACGGGAGCACUCAUCGUCAACCUGCGACCCAACACUUCACCUGCCUCUUACAGACAUUUGACUGUUUGCAUCAAACCCUUCAAGGACUCUGCAGGAGCAAAUAUUUAUUUGGAAAAAACUGGAGAACUGAAACUCUUGGUCCGAGACGGCGCUCGCAGCCCCAGCCAAGUGUAUUGCUUCGGCUAUGAGCAGGGCGGCCUGUUCAUCGAGGCCACUCCUCAGCAGGACAUUAGCAGGAAGAUCACGGGCUUCCAGUACGAGCUGAUGAACAAGGGGAUAGCAGCUGAUUUGCACACAGCUUCUGCUCCUUGCCGACCGUGCAGUGACACAGAGGUCCUCUUGGCUGUCUGCACUAGUGAUUUUGUGAUCAGAGGCUCCAUUCAAGACGUAACGAAUGAGGCAGAAGAGCAAGAAUCCGUCAUUCACGUGGGUGUGAACAAACUGUACAGGCAGAAGAGCAAAGUCUUCCAGCUCACGGGGCAGAGCGGGAACUGGCGAGGACAAAUAAAGACCCUGCUGCAGUGUGGGGUGAAGCCAGGAGACGGGGACUUCCUGUUCACAGGCCGCAUGCACUUUGGGGAGGCCAGGUUAGGCUGUGCCCCUCGUUUUAAAGACUUCCAAAGGAUGUACAAAGAGGCAAAAGACAAAGGGCUAAACCCAUGUGAAAUUGGCCCAGAUUGAACCCCCUCCCACUGUUUGGCUGAAGACGGCUUUUAGCGUUGGGCCGGGAACGUUUCCUGGCCAUGGUGGAAACCGAACAGCCACAGUCCCUGGGAGCGUGGGCAGCUCUGGAGAGCAGGCCAGGCCCCGCAGGGCUGCUGGGAGCCACAGAGGUACGAGCUCAGGGGGCUGCCAGGCGAGCGAGGAUGGAUUUUUAACCAAUCUUGUCCUUAUGAAUUAAGUUAUUCUAUUUUUUUAGUGACUUCCUUAGGAAAACAAACAAAGACGACUCCCACGUCUUAAUAAAAAAACCCAAAUGAAAGCCA